UUAAUGCAACCUUUUAGGUCGUUCUGGAAACUGAAUAUACCAACGCAGGAGCGCUAAGUCUAUACCAACAUCUUGGUUUUAUUCGAGACAAGAGAUUGUAUCGGUACUAUCUUAACGGUGUAGAUGCUUUUCGUUUGAAGCUGUUUUGUCGCACCAUGGUAAAGAACUGAUUGGGCGGGCGGUAAAAAUUAGAAUUACGUGAACUGGCUAUUAGACCAAGCCACUUUUCAAUGCUUAUUCUCUCACGCUUCUUGUGGUAAUGGAAGAUUAUGAAGACCAUUCAGAAGAUAAUAAAAGAAAAAGAAUACGAGCGACUCAGGCCUGUAUACCUUGUCGUAAAAAGAAGAUCAAAUGCGACGGCCGAAAACCAAAUUGCUUACAUUGUGAACAAUACAAUGUGACAUGCAUCUUUGCUGAAUCUAGAAAGCGUGGGCCACGUAAAGGCUAUGUCCAGCAACUGGAAGAAAGAGUAGCACAACUGAAGCAGCGCUUAAAGGAAGUGGGGGAAGACGUACCUUCUACUCCUCCCGACAUGGUGCAGUCCGGCUCUAUCGGCGGCCGUGCUUCUCUUGAGCCAGAAGAUCUCAAAAUGGCGUUACUACACUCGAGAGAAUCGUCCAUUCCAAAGACUCCCAGACCAUUGAACGACAGUCUAAACGAGUUUCCUGCACGAGACCUAACAUUAGACCUGGUGGGUCUGUUUUUCACCAACCCAAAUGCCACUUUCCCACUUAUACACAAAGGAAUGUUCAUGGAGAGUGUGUACAGAGGGGAAAUCUUCAACGGUUUGCUUUGGGCAGUUCUGGCUGUUGCUGCUAGAUUUUCAGACGACAGUAGGGUCACGACAAAUCCACCUCACCUAGCAGGUGACAAGUUUGCAUCGAAAGCCAUCGCGUGCAUCGAUGCCAACACAUUCGAACCUACACUAUACAAUCUUCAGUUCUGGGGCAUUAUGAGCGCAUACGAAUACGGCAGAGCCAGCGGUGCGCGUGCGUGGAUGUACGGAGGAAUGGCGAUAAGAAUAAGCUUAGAACUCGGCUUGAACAAAGAAGAAACGCUCAGCGAACCGAUGCGGGCGCCAGACGGGAAAGUGGAUGAAUUGGCGAUGGCACUACGACGUCGCAUAUUUUGGAGCACAUACAGCAUUGACAAAUUCUGUAGCGCUGGUACAAAUCGACCACAGUCAUUAGAAGAAGGUGACUGCGACUCCAAGUAUCCGACUAUUGCUGAGUCCUUGAUUCUUUUGGAAAUUCCAACAUCCUUGAGCGAAGCUGCUGCCAAAGAUACCCUUGUCGACAUUCCUGCUGUGCAUUUAACUGUCGUACGAAUCUUUGGAGAAAUUAACAAGUAUAUGAACAGAGCAAAACCCGUUCAUGGGCAAGCCAUCAGCUGGCCGCCUAUCCCUCAAUUCCGAGAAUUGGAUAAUCAACUUAGGAGCUGGAGAGCAGAAAUACCAGAACGAUUUCACUUCAAUCCUAGUAACCUAGCGCGACAUCGCGCCACUACCAGUAAACAUUACAUGUAUUUGUGGCUAUCAGCACAUAUGCUCUGGGCCACAAGUGCUUUGGUUUUGCAUCGUGCCAGUCUUGCAUUCACUGGAAAUGACCUCAAUAGACUUGCGGGCGACCCAUAUACAAUUGCCCGUGAUAUUGAGAGCAGCACGUUACUUUGUAAGGAAGCUGUGGACCUGGUCAUGGACGUGUUUCAAAUUAUAACGGAUGAAUGCGGUCGCAAUAUAUUACCUUUCAUAUGCUACACAGCAUACACGGUUGCUACAACACUGAUGACAAGUCGAGCUAACGAACUGGCCGCCUCUCAAAGAAGCAAUAAGAGAUUGUCGAUCCUUUAUAAAGUGAUGGCGCAUAUGGAACCUUAUUGGCCAAUGUGUGCCAGAGUAGCAGCAACUACAAAGCAACUUCAUAAUGCCCAUAGUCGGAUGUAUGUCAUCAGUCCAGAGACUGAACUAUUCGAUGAUCGAAAAUACGACCAGGCAACUGCUCAUCAAUUCUCUCCUCACGUUCCGCAAACCUACCGCAAAGACAAAGCAAUAGCUACCUCACCUGUCAUAAAUGACCAGUCAAACCCCCCACCAGUGAAAAAGAAGAAGAAGUCUCGUAAUACAUCUACCGAUGCUGCUGCCGCCGUUGCCCCCGCCCCCACGUACACUAUAGAACUUCAACCGUCUCUUGUGCCUGCGUUGAAUAAUUCCCCUGAAAAUAAUAAUGUCCAUGGUGGCUACCAUACGUCAGAACAGCACGCUUUGCCGGUCGAAGCAUCUAUACCUCUGGCGCCAUGGAUGAACAGUAAUACAGAUUUUAAUAGCCUGGACUUUUUGUUUGAUGGCACCCUCUUUGGACAAAUGAUAUUUGACGCUCAGAGGAUGCCGCCUCCAGGCAUCGGGGAGCCCACUGGUCUGGAUACGCAUCUUUUCAAUGGACCAUUGGCCAAUACUUCGGAUGGUUUUGCAAACUACAAACCUGUAUGGGAUGUUGAGCAUUAAAUAUAUUCUUUUAACUAUUCUUUUUCAAAACCAAUAUGUAUAGUCUUCUCUUCAUAGCACCGCCAUCCGUUUGAUAGCAUUA